AUGUACAUUACAAAAAUAUUGCAAUUUCUCCAUGUGCACGGCCUUGCAGAUGACAGAGCCUCCUCUUCAAGAUCCUCAAAGCGAGCAAGUAGGAGAGCAUCUGCAAGUUCGACGACACAGACGAGUCGGAGAUCAUCUGGAGGCGCGGUAUCACUACCUACACCAACAUUUUCUCAAGAGGAACUUGAUCGUGUUUUCUGGGUUAAAUCUGAGAACCUCGAAGGUAGACCGUCCCGUCGUAUGAUGAUUGAUUUGGCAAAUGAUGAUGACUUGUCUAUCGUUCCUCCGAUGACACAAGAGACUAGAAAUCGUUUGGUGCGUGCGGUACAAUUGAAACAUGAUAGAGAACGAGACAAAACCCCAAGCACAGAUGAAGAAUUCGUGAAAUUGUCUGUCACAUAUCAAUUUAUCGAUAAUCGUGGCCAGGUCAAUAUUCGUAAUAAAGCUGGUGAUCAUUCAUCGGUCGCCGUACACCACGGCUCAGCAGCAGCAUCAAACACAGAGGUCUCCUCUAUUUUUCACAAUGGUGAAAGCUUCACGUCGGGUGCUUUGAACACUCAAUUACUCUUUCAGUCACACAAGAAGCGGUGGGAGGUGAUCCGAUUCAUUGCUUUGAAAAAUCUCCAAGUGUUCUGUACCCAUAAGUUCGAUGUAUCUGACAAAGAUCAUAUGAACAAGUGGAUGAAGGUUUUAGGACUCCGCUUCGACCGACAAGAAAAUUACGAGCCUUGUCUUGAUUAUCUCAAUCUUCUCUCGAAGCACGAUAACUUUGAAUUCACACGACCUACCGUUCUUCGAAACAGCUUUGAGAUAGUUGUAAAAUGGGAGAAGGAGGGUGGUAACAAAGAACGUAUCAAAGCCUAUCUUCAACGUCGACUUCUAACGUACUAUCACUCUGUCUAUCUGAAGCAUUGCAAAAACAAUGGCGAGGCUGCGGACCUGGCUCCAUAUCUUUGUAUCCCUGAGGAAGAACGAUUACGGAAAAAAUUCGAACUUCAAACUUUACAACAGACUUUUACGGAUGCAGGAUUCAAUCAUGGUCUACCGUUUACAUGUGUACCAUUCAAAGAACCCAAUUCAGACAUGGAAUUAGAUGGGCGAUGCUUUUAUGUUCAUUCAAACGCAGUUCUCAGAGACACAAACAAAACAAACCUUUACACAAAGAAUACGAUUGAUACUCUUAAAACAGUCAUGGAUAUAGAAAAGGCUUGGAGAGAACAACGAAAUAGGAACUCGCAUCAUGUUGACGGAAAGGAGGCUAAAUCAUUCGUUCGGAUGCUAGAAACACAAGAAUUCAAAAAAGCCGUGCAAUUACGAGGACCUGAUGCAGAAAUGAUCCGAUUAAUAAAGUCACAGUUCCGUCAUCUUUUUGGCUCAGGAUACGGAAGCUUUGAUGAUAGUGACGAUCUACUACAAACUUACAUUUUGCCAAACGUGAUUGAUGGCGAACUUACUGAUUAUGAGAGUGUUCCCUCCUCUUCGCAAUCCUUUCCUCGCUCUGUACCUGAGCAAGGAAAAGAUCUCGAGAAAGUCUUUCAAGAUAGACAAACUUCACAAAUUGAACAGCUCCACGGAUUUUUUGAUGAUUUUGAUGCAUUUGAAGAAUUGGCUGAGCAUGCAGAGGUUUUGCAACUUCAAAAGAAGCAUCCUGAAUCAAUCGAUUAUAUUGAUCAGUUUUUCACAAAACCACCAAAGCGACAAAUUCCUGAUGGUCUUUGGCGUAUCAUUGCAAGGGCAUGUUGUAAGAGACAGAAUGAGAAUCGAAUCACUGCAGGCAGGCCGCUCUCCUUCAAAACAUCACUGUCUAAUCUUGUUGGAGUUUUCAAAGCAUACAAGCUUCUCACUGGAGAGAAUAUCAAAGACUUCGUUUGUAAAGAGAUUUUCGGUGGAAAGUUCACUUCUUUCAAGACGCCUCGUGAACGGAUCACAAUCGCAACCGUCAUUUCUUUACUCACCUUUACCGCUGCGAGGCCAGGUGAAUUGGUUGUUUCGUCAGGAUACGAAAUUGAUAAUGAAGGUCUUCGCUGGGGGGAUGUCGAGUUCUUUUUAUCCUUGAACCUGGAAAAAGGUCAAAGCACUUCGACUCGCUUACAGUAUCGUGCUAAUAUCACUAUUCGAAAUCUGAAAGGCAAACGUAAACAAGGCCAGUAUCGUACACAGUCGAUAUACGAAGAUGAUUCGAUCCUAAUUAUACUCGAUGCAACUAUACUCUUACUUAUUCUUGCAGUAAUAGAUAAUGCGAUUGAUUGCACUAUCUUUGGAGAAGGGGCAGUCGAUCCAAUACAGUUUCUCACUUCUCCAAAUCCGAAACUUCUUCCUCCUAGAAAGGAUUACAUUCAGAUUGAGAUCCUUGCAGACAAAGCGGAUCUAAUGGUUUUUCGGGAGUCUGAACGGGACACACAGACUAGAGAAUGGUGUACCAACCCUCUUGUUGGAUUACGUUAUUAUUCACUGAACAAUUUGAUGCGCUCGAUCCUUCAACGUUCGGACUAUACUGUGUUCCUACUCUAUGCUAUCCGCCGUUGUGUCUGUACGGCUAUCAACAAGCCUGAGGUGUCUUCUACGGAUGCACGUUUAGCGAUUGGUCAUUUAAAGGGUUCUUCGAUCUAUGAGAAACAUUAUGUCUCUAAGUAUUCUGAAAUCGAUUUUCAAGGGCUUGUUACCAAAGGUAUACAAGAUCAUGCAUCUAUCUUAAAGCAAGGUAUCGCGCAGGAGCCAAAAUUUCUAUUGACAAGUCAAGAAUUACUUCAGAUCGAGGAGAAUACAGAGCUGAAAGAACUUCGUCAGAAAAUUUCUCAAAUGAAGAGACAGAUACUUGAAGAGUGUCUAUCGCUCACAGCUGUAAAAGUUAUGAUGAGUCAAACAUACUAUGCAUUCGAGUAG